CAUGAACUGAAUAAAAAUAUAGAAAAUCGAGACUUAAUUUUUUACGUAUCUGCCGGAGGUCGUGCAGCGAGAAAGCGCAUUCACUGGCCGGCUGGUCUGGCUAGCUGGCUCGUGCGCACACGUGCACAUAACAGCACCGACGUCAACAGCAUUGCCGUUCGGGUCGAAAUGGCGAGGGGUACGGUGGAGUAAGGGACGAAUAGUCGAGUCGUCUGCGCGCGUACACACAGACAAAAAGCGCUAAGCCGACGUCUGGCGCAGUAGGUGGGGACAAGGCAGUCUGUUAGCCGUGGGCGGCGGGGGAUGUCAGAUAGUAUUGCGAGCGCAGGACUGCACGGGUCGACAAGCGUAGCGUAUAUAACUAAAGGAGUAAAAGUGAGAGGAUAAGAUGCAGGUUGAGUGAGAAAGACUGAUAAAGCAGGAAUAAGAGGAAAGGGAGGGGCGAAAAACGACGACAGGCCGAUCGACGACGGUGCUGCGGCCUCGCUGCCACUGGAUGAGUUUAGUCUGCCGUUGGACUUGAUGUGCAAUCAACACCUAAGUUGCAACUGUUGGAAGCAAGUUGCUAUUACGCUGUGUCCGUGUGACAUUUCGGCUUCCAACGACAUUCCGAAUCACAUCAAGUUGGCGGGAAGUGAAUUGUGAAAAGUAAAGGAGAACUAGAGGGAGAGAGAAUAAAGACUGUUCAGGAGUUUAUAUACGAUAAAUAGUUGAAAGGAAAAAAUAAUAAAACUUUUUAUGCAAAUGCUGUAAUAUUAUUUGCGGUGUAAUGAGACUAGGAGACUUGCCACAUGCCAGUCUUGAGUUGAGUAAUCUUUCUCAUAGAAUCCAAGUCAGUUGAGAUAAAUAGUUGAUGUCUCAAGUGGUCAUUGCCAAACUCGGUGGUUGAAAUUUCUACCCAAGGGAGCGAGAGUUCGAAUAACCGGCGAAAUAUUAAACUCAGUCAUAUCAUCAACAAGAAGUCUGGGAGCAGAUAGUUGUGAUGCCAAUUUGACAGCUGACAUUUGGUAUAAUUACUCGAUCAUCUAGCUUUUUGUAUAAUUCUGCAUUCGCCCAAGUACUCUGACAGCUCACGUCACUACGUAUACACAUUGCUAGUAAUACUCAAUACAUUUGUAUUCUAAACGUCAAUCUGGCGUCAUCAUCAUUCAAAUGAAGCUGCGGCGUCGCUGCAUACAGACGCUCGGCGUCUCUGUAAAACAACUGAGGAGAAAGUUAGUAGAACUGGGAGCAAGAAUCCUUCACGUCCAUCAAACAUCCAAAUCCUGUGACAUGGCCCUGAUGAUGCUGUCGGUGAGCGCAGGCAUGGAUGUCGGCUGUGGGGGUCAUGGCGGCCUCGCGGCUGGUGGUGGCCUCGAAAGUGCAACAGCAGGUGGUGGUGCCAACGGUAUGCAGGAAGCGAUGGUUGCUGCUGCAAGAGAUCGAGCUAUCCGAACUGGAAGUGUUCGGCAGGACCUCGCCCUUGAUUUACCACCACGGUUGCAGCUUCCUGAUGGUGAAGAAAAACCUUAUGGUGCUCACGCUGGAUUACACCUUCGUGAUCCUGAUCAGGAAAGUGAGAUUUAUCAGAAAUGCGUUCGUCCACCCCCAAACCGGACUGUAUUUGACAGCGAGAGUCCGCCAACAUAUAGUAGGAGUCAGUCGACAAUACUAGAAACACCAGAUCGAAUAAUUCGCUGUCAUAGCGCAGGAAGUUCACUACUGAGGGUGUUUAGGAAAUUUCCGAGUGGCGUAAGUGGAUCAGCACCCGUAGUGGUGGUACCACCAUCAAGACGACCUAGUCUAUCAAGCUAUUCAGAAUCUAGUGGAAAUUUGAGCAAUCUAUCAAGUUUGACAGUGGUUCCUUGUGAAGCAGAUGAAAAUAGCCAUCACCAUUUUCAUCAUCAUCAUCAUCACCGGGAUCAUGUCUGACGUAAGCCAAUGCUGACUCGUUGUCAGCCACCCUCACGCCUGUGAGAUAAUAAUUCCUAUCCUCCUCCAACUCGUAACGGCCAUCGAGUUAUAUUAUUCUAUAUCUGUGCCUAAACGAGCGUCCUCAGGGCUUGGAGAAGUAGAGAUCCUCAAGACUGACUCGUUGGAGAGUAAAUAAAUAAAAUAAAUAAAUAAUUAAAUAAAUAAAUGAUCUAGAAAGCCGUAUUAUACAAUCAUGUGGUGACAAUUAAUAAAUAUAGUAAUUAUCAAAAUAAAAAAAAUUAAUAACCACUGAAUACUGCGUGAUAAUUUUCAUUAUGUAUGACACGAAAAGUGUUAUUUAUCGUGACAACUUAAUGUAUCAUUUAGGGUCUAAUUAAACGGAGAAAAUAUUAGGAAUGCUUGUUAUAUAAUGAAAAAAAUGCAAGCUAUAGAUAUUUGAUGAAAACGUCCAUAGCAAAAGGUGUAAAAAAUUAUUAUGCAUCAAAGACAAACAUAAGAAUGAUUAUUUCUUAUGGUCAGAGCUAAUUUGGAAACAACGAGGUGAAGAUAUGUGUGAUGUAGUAAAAAAAAAAAUAAAUAAAAAGAAUAAGAUUGAUCAGGUCAGUUCUGCGAAUAGAAAAGAAGCUUAGUAAAUAAUUCAGUUGCAGUAUUGCAAUUUUUACAUUUCUGCAAUUUUAUCUGCAAUUAUAUAUGUAUUAGAUGAUAUGAGCAGUGGAAAAUAACAAAAAAACAUGCAAGUGACUUGGGUACUUUUUUUGUGAUCAUCAAGCAGAGCGUCAUGAUGUAUGUGUGUGCGUGUACGUGGUUAUACUGGAGGAUUAUUAAGGUGUGCCUGGCAAUUUAUAUGAAUAUAAGAUCGAACGAAAAAUAGUGCCAAGUUGGUAAAAAAAUUGUAUAUAUAAUUAGGUAAUUUAAUACCGAUAUAAUUCCGGCUAAAAACAAAGCAACUAAGCGUAUUAAAGAUGAAGAAACUUAAAAAAAAAAUAGGUCAGAUUUUUUUAUAUAUUUAAAAAUGAUAUAAACAAUAUAGUAUAUCAAAGCCGAAUAAAACAAAUAUUAGACUAUCUCUGGCACGAAUAUAGAAUGAUAAGUCUACUAGUUUUAAUCAUAAUAUUCUUCAUUUAUUUGUAUAGAAAUGACCUUUGAGAUGCAAAAAUUGUUUAAUGAAGUUCCACUAGUUUAAAGCAAUUCAAUAAUUAUUUGUGACUUGUCAUCGUGCAGAGAAUUAUAUAUAAAUAUAAAUUUAGAAAAAUAAUUAGAUAAAAAAAUUCAAGUUAUAUGGCUGUCUCUAUCUAUCAUAAAUCGGAAAAUGGAAAGAAAUAUGUAAAACAAACGCAAAUCAACGAUAGUAGAGUUUUAUGAUAUUUUUCUCAAGGCAGCGUCCGGCCAGUUCAUUAUGCAGCAAUCCGACCGUUGAUGAAAUUAAUGUUUCGAGUUAUCAUAUAGCUCGAUUGAAAAGAAAAACAUCAAAUUUAAAUUAAUUAACGAAUAAUUACAUAAUUAAGAAUAACCAUAACAAAAAGAAUUAAAAAAAAAUAAAGCUGUCCUCAUUCUAUCUUCAAAAUGUGUUCACGCAUAUGCAAUAUUAGAUGAUGAUGAAUAAAUAGAAAAAAUCUAUACUGAGAAAUGAAAAUUAUAUAUGACAGAUGAGGGACAUAACUUUAUGGCUAUGGGCGGGGAGGUAUGAAUUAGCGAGGAUUGUUGAAAAUUAAUUAUUAAUUAAUGUAAAAUAAAUCUUCUAAUUGAAAUGGGUCCUGUGCAAAACGUCAGUUGUGUUUUACCACACGUUAUGCGAUUUAUAAAUUUGAAUGAGAAAUAGCGCGGCAUAAUAUAGAAAUCAAUUUCCCUAGGCGAAUUUAGAUUUAUUAUUAAUAUUAAUUAUUAUUAUCAUUAAUUAUUAUUAUUCUAUUAAUUAUGAUCAUUAUGGAUUAU